GAGCCAUUCAAACAAGUGGCUCCAGCAGCACUUCGGAGCCGGGGCUGGCGAGAGGGCGCAGCGCGGCUCCCUGCCCCGGAGGCGCCGGGCCCUUCACACUGACUCUUUCUCCAGCGCUCGCUCUUUAUUUGACGAUGAAAUAAUGUUGACAUGUCUUGAAUUAUUAAGUAUUCCCUGGAUUUUAUUAGCACAUGAUGCCUAAAUGCUGCCUGUAUCUGCUGGGGUCUUAACCAGCAAGGAGCGAAGGAGAGAGGCAGAGAGACAGAGCGCGAGAGAGGAGAGAGAGGGGUUUUUGACAGCUGUAUUUGUGCUGAUAAGCGAAGGCACAAGGAGACGAUCGACUAGUGAGACAAGAGGGAAGCGGCGGCUCGGAGCUGCUGAGAGGGGCCGUGCUUCCCUCCCGAGACGGCUCGGCCCUCCCGGCGCCGCGCUGGGGCUUGGGGGGGACCCGAGCCCCCUCCCAGUGCCUGGCCGGGGUCUCGGUCGGUGCCCGUGCCUGGGGGCAGCUCGCUGGCCGGGCACGCCAGCCACACUGGGCAGAUGCCGAUUGAGAUCGUGUGUAAAAUCAAAUUUGCUGAGGAGGAUGAGAAGCAAAAGGAGAAAGAAGAAGGGGAUAAGGAGAGCCUGAUUGAGGAGCCGGCGCGGCCCCGGUCCCGGGACCUGGCCGCCUUCGCCAGCGCCAGCACCUUGCAUGGCCUCGGACACAUCUGCCGGUCAGGGCGGCUGGGCGUGCGCCAGACCCUCUGGGCAUUUGCCUUCCUGGUCUCGCUCGCCUUCUUCCUCUACCAGGCGGCCAAGUCGGCGCUGCUCUACCUGGAGCACCCCCAUGUCAUGGCCUUGGACGAGGAGGCCAUUCGUGAGAUGGUCUUCCCCGCCAUCACCAUCUGCAACAUCAACCGCUAUCGGCACUCGGCACUCACCGACGCUGACAUCUUCCACUUGGCCAACAUGACCGGGCUGCCCCCAAAGGAUCGGGAUGGCCACAAAGCCACAGACCUACUCUAUCCUGACCCCGACAUGGCUGACAUCGUCAACCGCACUGGCCACCAGCUUGACGACAUGCUCAAGAGCUGCAACUUCAGUGGUGAGAACUGCUCCUCCCGCGACUUUGCUGUGGUCUAUACGCGCUAUGGCAAGUGCUACACCUUCAACGGGGACCGGAGGAACCCUCGAGUGACCCGCCAGGGCGGCAUGGGCAAUGGGCUGGAGAUCAUGCUGGACAUCCAGCAGGAGGAAUACCUGCCCAUCUGGAGAGAGACCAGUAACGAGUCCAUCUGCUCUCCCAACGUGUACAUCGAGUGUGCCGACCACACGCUGGACACAGCCGUGGAGGACAGCCAGGACCGCUGCAGCUGCCCCACACCAUGCAACCUGACGCGCUACGGCAAGGAGAUCUCCAUGGUGCGCAUCCCCAACAAGGGCUCCGCGCGCUACCUUGCCCGCAAGUACAACAAGAACGAGACCUACAUCCGGGAGAACUUCCUGGUGCUGGACAUCUUCUUUGAGGCGCUGAACUAUGAGGCCAUUGAGCAGAAGAAAGCCUACGACCUUGCUGGGCUUCUCGGGGACAUCGGGGGGCAGAUGGGCCUGUUCAUCGGUGCCAGCAUCCUCACCAUCCUGGAAAUCUUGGACUACAUCUACGAGGUGAUCCGCGACAGGGUGACCCGGCUCGUGCGCCGCUCCAAGCCGCCCCUGAAGAAGCCCUCGGGCAGCAUUGCCACGCUGGGGCUGGAGGAGCUCAAGGACCAGGUACAGCCCCUGGGUGCACAGCCCCUGCCACGCACGGGGUGCGCACCCAGCGCCACGCAGGUGCUCUUUGCUGCGGAGGCUACGGUCUCGAGGCAGCCAGCCCAGUACGUCACAGUGGAUGAGGCACACGAGCCCAGGCUGGCAGGAAGGGCCCUUGAGCAGGUUGUCAGCAAUUCCCUGGCUUCCAACUCCCUCUUCCUAAAGAUAGACGGCUCGGGCUCCCCCCGCCACGACCUCUUGCCCCUCCGUGCCGAGAUAGCGGCUCUGCAGCGGCGCCAGCCUCUCCGUGCUCCCGGCUGA